UCAGUACGGUCUCAACCGCGGUCUAAAAAAGUUCAAAUAGUACCGAGUUCUCGUUUAUACUUAUUUUCAACGAUCGUCGAUCGAAACAAUCUAAACAUGUCGAAAGAAGAAUCUAAAUAUGGUUUCAAGGACAAGGUCAAAGCAGAAGAAUCAUUGGAACUACUGAAGACCGAAGAACACAAAUAUCAGUUGCUGACCGUUCGAGGGCUCCUUGGAAGGGCUAAACGGGUUCUGACGUUAACGAAAGCGGCUGACAAGAUAAAAAACAUUAAGGAGGCAAUUGAAGUGUUCGAAAAUUGGGUGGAAGCAAACUCGAACAGUAGCACAAAAAAUGAAAAACCGAAACAUACCGAUGAAAAAGUCGACACUGUUCCUGGACUUGGUUUCAAGGAUAAGGAAGCAGCGGAGAAGACUCUCAAAAUUUUAGAAGGUCGCGAUCCUGACUACCAGAAACUUGCCGUCAAAGGUCUUCUUGGUAGCGCCAAACGUGUUCUGCCUUCUACGAAAAAUGAAGAAAAAAUUAAAGCCAUCAAAGAGGCCAUCUCAACAUUAGAGGACUUCCUCGAAACAUUUGAUCGUGAAGAGCGGUCGAAGCAGAACAUGGCUUAUCUGUCUAUCGAACUGGUUAAACCAUGCUUGAAAGAUUACACAGAUAAACUCGCUCUCGAAUUCGUUGAAUGCUACGAUAAAGUAGCCAAGGGCAACUAUAAACAUCUACGAACCAAAAGCCCAAAGAAUGAUGACACAGUCAGUUGGGAUAUCAUACGGAACAAAAAAUUGUUCAAGUUGAAGGAUAAAAUCAAACAAACAGGCGAAAAACUAUUUCAUUCAGAUGGAAAACCAACAGAGACACACCUGAAGAUGAUAAGCUGGGCAUACAGCCCAAACGUAGAUAAACUGAAGACUUAUUGCAUGAGUUUAAAGUCUGAUAAUAAAAAACGAUCACAUUCCUCGUCUGAAAGCAAUGACGAUUCCGUGAAUGAAAAGAAAUCGAAAAACUGAGUUCAAUUAUAGGUUGAUUACUUUGGUGAAGAAAUAAAAUGCUGAAUUUCAAAUGAAA